AUGUCAGAAGAAGCGCCACAAAAAACAGAUGUCCAUACUACGAUAGCUAGUGUGGACAUCGAUUCACGGGUAGAGCGUGCGUUGGUCUGGAAGUUCGACCUGCGUUUGCUCCCCGUGCUGGCUAUAAUGUACCUUUUCAACAGUCUCGAUAAAUCUAAUUUGGGAAAUGCCAAAACGGCGGGACUCGAGGAUACUCUCGGUCUACACGGAAACCAAUACAAUCUCAUUCUCAGUAUCUUCUUUGUUCCCUAUGUCCUCACGGCACCCUUCCUUGGUCUUCUUGGAAAGAAGUUCGGACCCAACAUCGUACUUCCCUGUAUGAUGCUGGUCUUUGGUACCUGCACUGUUCUUGUGGUUGCUGUAUUCAACUUCAGUGGGCUUUUUGCCAUUCGGUGGUUUUUGGGUAUGGCUGAGAGCGCCUUCUUCCCGCUGGUUAUCUAUUACCAGACAACUUUCUACCGUCGUGGAGAACUGGCCCGCCGACUCGCCAUCUUCUACGCGGCACAAAGCAUUGCCUCUGCAUUCUCCGGUCUCCUCGCCUUCGGCGUCUUCCGUAUUGAGACCGGACCUCUAGCAUCGUGGAGAUAUCUAUUCCUCAUCGAAGGCUGCGGUACUGUCCUUUUCGCCCUCUUCGCCCUGUGGUAUCUGCCCCGAUCGGCUGCCGAAGCUACAUUUCUUUCACCUGAGGAGAAGGAGGUCGCAUAUCUACGAUUGCAAAUUGAUAGUUCAUCCGUGGUCGACGAGAAGCUCAACAUUCGCGAUGCAUUCCGCAUUUUCAAGCACUGGACCAGCUGGGCGAUUCUGGCUAUUCAGAUCUGUCUCGGUGUCCCGCUUCAGGGUGUUCAGUUGUUUUUGCCUGUGAUCAUUCAGCGCCUCAACUAUAGUACUGUCAAGACUAACCUGUUCACCGUUGCUCCUAAUGUGUCAGGUGCUGCCAUGCUGCUCAUUUUGGCAUUCUGCAGCGACUGGACGCGAUGGAGGUUCCCAUUCAUUGCACUGGGCUUCUUCUUUACUUUUAUCGGAUUCAUCAUUUACGCCACCAUUGAUGUGCAGAAUGAUAUCAACGGUACAUCCGCACCUUCAGUCCUCCUUGAUGCCUGGUAUAACAACAACAUCGCCAACGAGGGUCGUCGUGUGGUUUUGACCAGCAUCGCCGUCCCCGUGGCUAAUCUCAUGGGCGUUGUAGCUUCCAAUAUCUUCCGCACUCAAGAUGCGCCGAAAUAUUUGCCGGCAUUGAUCACCACUGCGAGCUUUGGUGGUACUGGAAUUGUAUUGACUAUCUGUCUCGGAGUCUGGAUGAUGAUGGACAACAAGAAACGGGAUCGUGCUCAGGGCUUGCAUGUCAAAGCGAAGGACAUCCCGACUGAGUAUCUCCAAGAUGGACCGGCCAGCGAAGCUUUCCGCUGGUUUUAUUAG